CAUCUGGAGGUCUCCCAUGUGACCCGGUGCAUCGUGACGACACGGACAAUAUUUGAACACACCAGAAGUAGAACUGGGUUUUCUGAUUCUACUCGAGGUACUAACAGUAGAGUCGCCAUGUCUUUUCUUGUAUACAUAUCGCUUGCGUGCUUAGCUAUGGCCUACGCCCACCCCAGCAAUGGCGGCCAAUCGGACAAGAGGGAUCUGCUACAACUUGGAAUACUCCUCGGCACCGUCACCGGAAACGCAGCCCUGAAUUACAACGGAUAUGGAUGCUUUUGUGGAGAGGGAGGCUUUGGUACCCCCGUUGACGAAGUGGAUAGGUGUUGCCAGGUGCAUGACGAUUGCUACGAUGCACUGAGUGUCCACGGUUGUAAUCCUAAAGCCGUGACCUAUCAUUACACCUGCUCUGGGCAUAAUUGUCACUGUAACACCCACACAUCUUCGUGUGCGGACAGAGCGUGCACGUGCGACAUCGACUUCGCCAACUGCGUCGCCGCACAACCAUACGACGGCAGGUUCUACCACUACAACCACGACAACUGCUAGUGCAUCAAUCGACUGCAAAGACUUGACGCUACAGCAACAGCCACGCUAACAACUAGGAAUUGUAGCAACAGAGACUUCUUAGAAAUACUUUAUAUUGAUCAUGAACAACAAAAAUCUUAGUGCCUUUAACCAUUUAUCUCAUUGUACAACAGUAAAACAAAACUUCACACAUAAA